AUGCCCCAGAAGCUCCGGAAAAUGGCAGUGGAUUCUUCUGGUUACGCUUACCCCAUUCUCAAAAUCGCCUUCACUAUAGUCACACUGGCCCUGCUGUGCAUGUUCGGCACACGUGAGUACUACGAGGUGCAAGAGCAAAUCAAAGAGUUUUACGACGAAAUCGAAAAGGCGCCGUGUAACAACACCGCAAUCCUGUACAUCUCCCGAUCGAAAUAUUUCUUCUGCCCGAUAGACCCCUCGGCUUCCGCGGAGGCAGCUGCAAAAAGGACGGAAGCGGGACUUGCGGCGGCAAGGGCGGCAAAUCAGCCUUCGAAAAGCAGCGACACGGCAGCUGUCGACGAGGAGAUUGAAGAGCACGAGCCGCCACGCGACGGAUGCGAAGAAGCGUGGGAGUGGUUCACCGACAGCAGCGGUGGUAGCGACGGUGGCGGAAACAUCGGCGGGGAUGACGGAAUUAACGGUGACGAGUCGGCUCCGCGUGGAAGAAAGCUCCUACAAUCCCGGAGACGCGCGAAAAGGUCGCCAGUGGAUUACGAGGCAAAUGACCCCAGCGGCGUUGACUUUGACGACCAGAAUCCGUCCACAUACCCGCCCACGUGGACGCGCGCUUCGGGAAUUCCACGGCGCGAGCGCGGGAAGAACUGCAAGUCGGAGUGGGUUACGUACUCCACCUUUUCCGCCGUGGGACUUAAUCGCCUCGCUGACGUCACCAGCAUGAUUGACCUGCCGCUCGCAGUUGUCGGGUUGCAUCAACCGUGGAACGGAUUCCGUCCCCGUCUGGUAGCCGUGCUCGAGUACGUCCAAAGCUUGCCGCCCGACCGCAUCGUCAUCGCGACAGACGCGCUGGAUGUAACGCCCGUGCCGUCCUGUACCGCGGACCGUAUCAUCUCGGCGUUUCUGAGUUUCAACGCGCCGAUCGUUUUCGGGGCAGAGCCGUACUGUUUCCCGGAUAGAGUCGAGGAUAAGUACCCGCCGCUCCCGCCGGAAGCGGCGGCGGUAAACACGCAGUUUAAGUACCUCAACGCAGGGACGUAUGUAGGAUACGCAUGGGCGGUCACUGUGGCGCUUAAAGCCGCUUUAGCGAACCCCGUUAAUUGGUUUGACGAUCAGCGGGAGUACACUCGGUUGUUCCUAAACCAAACGCAGCUGCUGCCGUUCAUAUCCAAAUGGGAGUACGAGCAGCAGAUCAGUUUGCGGCGGCGUCUGCGGCGCGAAUGGCGGUUCGAAGAUAAAAUCUGGAAGUGGCGGCGCGUGGUGAAGACUAUGGAGGCGCGACUCGCGGCGCGGCCCGUGAUCGUUCUAGAUCACAUGAACGGCUUGGUUCAGAACCUUCUAGGGACCAACGAUGAGGAUUACGAGGUCGUUGACUUGAGGGAUAUUCAACGGCUGCAGCAGCAAGAAGGGGAGGAGAGGAACGGCCUUGCCAGUACCAGCGGCGGCGGCAGCAGGCAAGCGCAGCCCUUUCCCCCGAUUCUUCCCCGUUCGCCCCUCCCCGCGUGGCCAUCCGCGCUGCACCUGGGGCUGCGCAACAGACACACGGGGGGUUUCCCGUGCCUUUUGCACGAGCAAGGGGAGAAAUUUAACAACACGCUGCCCGUGCUACAGCUGCUGGUGCGGCUACAGAUUGACGAGGCGCGGGCAGCCAAGGGGUACAUUCCGUGGUGGCGUGUGGGGUGGCUGCACAGAGUGGGCAAGUAUAAGACAUGA